GGGGGCCUGGGGGAGAACCAUGCAGCUCCACACACUGCAAGGCUUCCAGCUUCAUCCUCAAUGAAAGAGCAUGCGUCUUGUCUUCCAAAAUGGACAUCUACCGUGAACAGAGUAUCUGUCAGGCGCGGGCCGCUGUCAUGGUGUAUGACGAUGCCAAUAAGAAAUGGGUUCCAGCCGGCGGCUCCACGGGCUUCAGCAGAGUGCACAUAUACCACCACACGGGCAACAACGCCUUCCGGGUGGUGGGACGCAAAAUACAGGACCAUCAGGUGGUAAUAAACUGUGCCAUUCCCAAGGGGCUCAAGUACAACCAGGCCACACAGACCUUCCACCAGUGGCGCGAUGCCAGGCAGGUCUACGGACUCAACUUUGGCAGUAAGGAGGAUGCCAACGUAUUCGCCAGUGCCAUGAUGCAUGCCCUGGAGGUGCUCAACUCUCAGGACACAGGUGUAGGCCCCACGUUGCCAAGACAGAGCCCCCAGAGCCCCCAGGUUCAGAAUGGACCUUCGCCAGAGGACCUGGAGAUGCAGAGAAGGCAGCUGCUGGAGCUGCAGCGGCUGAAGGAGGUGGAGCGGGAGCGACUGGAGAGGGAACGUCAGGAGAGGGAGCGGCUGGAGCGGGAGAUGCAGGAGAGGGAGCGUGAACGUGAACGCCAGGACCGGGAGCGCCAGGAGCGAGAGAGGGAGCGCUCAGAGAGGGAGCGCUCAGAGAGGGAGCGCUCAGAGAGGGAGCGCUCAGAGAGGGAGCGCUCAGAGAGGGAGCGCUCAGAGAGGGAGCGCACUGAACGGGAUCGCCUGGAGCGCGAGCGUCAGGAGAAGGAGAGAGAGCAGCUGGAGAGAGAGAGGGCGGAGAGAGAGAGGGAGCUGAUGGAGAGAGAGAAGCAGGAGAAGGAGAGGAUGGAGAACGAGACGCGGCAGGAGCAGCAGUUGGACAGCGAGCAGUUGGACUGGGAGAGAGGGAGACACAUCUCCAACGCCACAUUUGAAAGUACCCUCUACACCCCUCCACCUCCAGAGUACUCCUCCAAGACCUCCUCUACGUCUGUGUCUCCCACCACCCCCAACUACCCUCCACCCACCCCGUCACCCUCCUCUGCAACACCCCCCACCCCACCUCUACGACACUCUGCCUCCCGAUUCGCCACCUCACUCGGCUCCGCCUUCCAUCCGGUCCUGCCCCACUACGCCACAGUCCCCAGGCGACAGCCUGUCCCUCCCACGCCCCCUGCCCCAGCCCCGGCAACCCCUUCCAAGUCAGUGGUGUGGUCAGCAACCAACUUCAGCCCCCUGCCUCCCUCACCCCCCGUCAUGAUCAGUAGCCCGCCGGGCAAGGCCACUGGCCCACGCCCCGUCAUCGCCAUCCCGGCCCCCAGCCCCCUGUCACAGAAACACCCCUCUCCCUCCCCCAACGGGCCCCCCAUGUUCCCCGCUCCUUCACCUGUCACCAUCGGCAACAGCAGCAACCCCACCCCACCUCCUCCGACCCCACCUCCCCCUCCACCGCUGCCCCCUCUCUCCCUGUCCCUGUCGUCGUCCUGCCAGCAGUCGCCCGUCGUCUCCCACAUCGCUCCCCUUGUGUCCUCUCCCUCAUCCCAGCCUGCUAUUGUCCCUUCUCCUUCCACAGCUCCCCCUGCAUCUGCUGACCUCUCUGUAAACCUCUCUGUGCUGGGAGACUCCUGCUCCGUGGCUCCAGAGGCCUCUCAGCCUGCAGACCCUCUGGCCCAGCAGGACACAGCGUUGACUCUUGUGCUACCCACCCCUCCUCCCCCUCCCCCCCUGCCUCCCGGCUCCACUGUGACCCCCACGGCCGCUGCCCCCCCAGCCCCACCAGGCCCUCCUCCCCCUCCCCCCUUGCCCCCCACACUCACUCCUACCAGCGGCGGGCCUCCUUCCCCACCUGAACCGCCACCUCUCCCCGGUGGCCAGGCCCACCCUCCCCCUCCCCCAGCCCCUCCCCUGCCACCUGGUCUCUUCUCCCCGUCCGAGGACCGCCCCCUGUCCGGGCUGGCUGCUGCCCUCGCUGGAGCCAAGCUGCGUAAAGUGCCACGGAGUGAUAGUGGUGGUGAUGCCGCAGCUGCUCUGGCUGCAGCCAUGGCUGGGGGUUUGUCUGGCUCUGCAGGGGCCAAACCUGGAGGGAACGGCCCUCUGGGUGGAGCACCUGGAGGAGGGGGGCUGAUGGAGGAGAUGAGCGCCCUGCUGGCCAGGAGGAGAAGAAUUGCAGAGAAGGGAUCAUCCCCUGAGCCAGAGCAACGAGCUGAUGAGAGCGGCGAGGGCAACACAACUCCCAAAGUGUCAGCCUGUAGUACACCUGACAUGCCCAGAAAACCUUGGGAGAGGACUAACACUAUGAAUGGUAGCAAAUCCCCGGUCAUUGGAAGACCGAAGUCCACAACCACACCGACUGGAUCCCUAAGUGCCAACGGGGUGCCAACAGAAGGUCUCGACUACGACAGAUUGAAACAGGACAUUCUGGACGAGAUGAGGAAGGAGUUGUCGAAGCUGAAAGAGGAACUUAUUGAUGCCAUCAGGGAGGAGCUGGGAAAGUCGAACACGGCGUAGAAGGAUCUCACCUGCCUGUGCAUUACAUCCAUUACCGGACAUCUGCGACAGGUCAACUUCAGAUAGGACAAUCUUAUAAAGAACCGAAAAAGGAAAACAAAAAAAGUCUAAAAAGGUAGCGACGAUAACAAUAAUAACCGUAUUAAUAAAGAAGACAGUGUUUUGUCGGCAGAACAGCGUCAGACACAGCUGGGGACGAGGGAGAGCAGGAGGCCGAGGGAGAGCAGGAGGCCGAGGGAGAGCGGGAGGCGUGUAGCAUGGGAAGCACUGCUGGCGUCCAUCUUGUGAAGCCUGGCCGUUCCUGCCAUUUUCCCGCAGCCUCACCUGGAGGACAGGACACAGUCUUAAAAGAGGAGUGACUGUCAUUAUGCAAAGAUUUCUCCCUUUGUCGAUAACACAAGAAAACAAGGAAAAUCAACAAAUAAAAAACUAACUAAUAUUGAACUGUAUACUGUACUAACCAUUGAAGUGUGAGAAAUCAAACAGACAGCAUUUACACUAAGAAUUGGAACAGUUAGCGUGCAAUUGUGAUUUCAUAGUGAAAAGACACAUUUAGUGGGUGAGUGUGAAGUUUGGAGGCAGGAGGAUAAGGGAAGUAGGACUCAGUUCCCCAUAGGGCCAUAGGAGGGAGCCUCUGGGUGUGAAUGAAGGACUGACUGAUGGACUUGGUAUAGUCUACUGCUGCAGGACUCUGUAAAGCUAGUCUUCCUUAAAUACUAUUUUAACCUGAAUAUGUACAAAUGAAGAAAAAACGAUAUCUAGAAGUCUUUCAAUCAUGUCUGUUUUAAUGUAAACUAUGGCCAUAUCAAGUAGCUUAAUCAACUCUUUACAUGAUGGUCUGUCUCUUGGUCUGUUUGGCUUCGUAUCCGAAUAUCAUUAUCUUCUUUUUUCUAUAACGAGCUACUGUUCUGCAUUUCUGUGUGUUGCAGGCUGAUGAGACAGUCACAAAGGGUAUGCCUUUCGUAAUGUAGCUCUUUACCAAACAACCUCUGUCAAUUAGUGAUGGUUAAUAAUGCUAAAAUCACCAUGACCAGAUCUGGAGAUGGAGCUAUUUGAAAUCUCUGUACUGUUAUUAUGAGCUGAACUUUUUUCUCUCUCUCCCUCGCAAUUUCUGGACGAUUUUUGGUGCAUGUAAGGUUUUGUACGGUGAGGGUCGUGAGGCUGCCACGAAAUUGAACUAUUGUCCAUUGGUUUAUAAGCAAUAAGUGUAGCAUCUGGGUUGAAUUUCCCCCACAUUAUUCCUUUUAAAUGUUUGUGUUCUUUUAACUCCAUUCUGAACGGAUUCAUUCUAAGGAUGUGACUGUGACAGUAUCUCCUCCUUUCCACUAUAUCCACCUCCUCCAUAGAUUCUAACUGUGUGAAACAGAUGGGUUGAGAAGAGAUGGUUGAACAGACCCUCCCUGUUUAUAGCCAUUUAUGUACUGAAUUUACUGAGGAAUGCCAUUAUUUUUUCAAUUCAUGGUAUUUUGUUUAAUAUCUUUUAAUUGAUAUUGCAGCUAAAUUCUAUAUUCUAUUUUUUUUGUUGCUGCAUUUGAAAGAACUAGUAAUGAAGAAGGGCGUGAGGGACACCCCAGAAAUAGGUUUGUCUGCAUGAUGUAUCCAUGGACAUGCUUGUGCCAUUAAGUUAAGUGUUUCACUUGCGCUUAAUGAUGAUUUAUUUUUAUUUUUUGAAUGCCUUUAUUUCCUCCCCUAUAAUUUGAAGUUCUGAUAAUGGCCCACCUUGUUUGACUCAUUUGGUCAUAGGAAUGGCAACAACUUUUUAUUGGGAAAAAAAAGUACAGUACAGUUCCUAAUAAUCUCGAUGUACAAUCAACUGAGAGAAACCAAGUCAACCUGAGACUGGUGUGAAAGAAAGAACUGUCUUCAAUGUAAAACUCUAUUGCUUCUAUUCUCUUGAUUUGCUGGUAAGGGGAUCGACUUUGAUCAGGGUUAUAUCAUGGCAACAGCUGAGGUGUGGUGGUGAGCAUUAUUCAAAACACUCCCCUUGUGUGUAUUUUGCUCAAACACAACUCAUUUCAUUCUCUCUGGAUCAAAGCAUAGGAAGGUUUGCACACGAGUGUUUACAGCAUCGAUUGCACUUUAUAAACCCAUCGAAAUUCAUGAUACUAUGAUGAACCUGCUUACAAGAUGCAGCCAUCGCCAAGAGUGUGACUAUCGCACCAAAGGUUUCAGCUACAAUCUCCUCCUACGCACGUCACGCUCUACUGAGUCGCCUUUUGUUUCAUCAUUGUCAAGAGAAGGAUACAUAUCUAUAUAUCGAUUUCUUUGGAUUGAGUAGUGAAACGUUCUGAUCAAGGAUCAUUCGUAUCUACGGAUAAUUCUGUUUGUAAUCUUCAUGGUUUGUGCCUUGUUCUGUAUUUGCAUUUAAUAUGUAAAAGAUUUAAAGACCAGUAAUAAUACUAGGAACUGUCAAAAUCUUCUUCUUCUUUUUUGCAUCCUGGUAUAGUUAUUUUAAAGGGAGAAUAAUAUCCGUUUCAAAGUACAGACAUGGUGUAUUUUCCUCAUGCCAUUUGUAUGUUGCAGAGCGGUUUAGGUUCUUGGCGCUUGGAAAUCUGAAAAUAAAUAUAUCCUCUAAAUUGAAAACAUUUGAUAUCAAAUUGUUGAUUUUUGACCCCAAACUCAGAUUUUGCCAUCUACUGAGGGAACUGAAGCUGGUGGACAUAAUAAAAAACAUGCGGGAGAAAUUAAACUGAAU